GGUCUACGAAGCGUUGAUUACACUAGAAAGGAAAUAACAGCCAUGCGUUGGUGAUUUAUUCUAGCGUGCUCUGGUGAGUCACUUUUUAGUUUUAAAGUGUUGAAAGGAAAGUCUUGUAGUUGUAGUUGUAGUUGUCAUGGUUAAUGAAUGUUCAAUGAUUUCUCUGCAUAGAUAUUUUCUGUCUUGAGCUUCUGGAAGGGUUCAGUUUUUUUCAGCUUUCUUCAUAUUAGGUGUGCAGAAACCUGCAGUUGAAGGUACUUAUAUAAAUCAAUCAAUCAAUCAAUCAAUCAAUAAGUUGAAAGGUAGCCGAGUUGCAUUGAAUACAAACAUAGGAAGUUAAAAAUAAUGUUCUUUUAAAAAAAUUCCGACAUCCUUAAUAAAACUAUUUACUUAGGCGUUAUUUUAUGUGCGUCUUAGUCUUAUGUCAUUGUGUUGUGUGUGUAUUGUUUUUUAUGAUAGAGAAAAUCGGAAAUCCAGGUCUUGUAAAUUGCAUCAUUUCGCUUCCUUUUUUUUUUGUGUAUUUUUUUAUCAACAUGAGUAAAUAUGUCCUGCUAUUUGUUGCUUCUUAUCACUUUCUUUAUUUCUCCUUCAUUCUCUUGGGUUGUGCAUAUAUUAUUAUUAAUACUGUUUUUUAAUUUUACCCCGUAUAUCGUUUGCAUCUAUUUCAAACUUUUCUGAUGAGCUGCCUAAAUAACUCAGUUCCUACCACUAUUAUUAUUACUACACGCAUACCCAAAUCACAUUCACUAACUUUUAAAUAAAAGAAGAUGCUUCGCCGAAGCCUUCCCUUUGUCUAUGGCUACGCCAAAUGUCCGCCUAUUCUCAAUGAGCCCAUGGACAACUUUGAACCAGGUUCCGCAUCCGCUAAGGGAGUUCUGGAGGCCUGCAAACGGCUUCGUGGAACUGUUACAGAGUGUCCAAUCGUCAUUGGUGGAAAGUCAUACACCACAUCCAGCGUGAUUGAUAGGUAUAUACCCAGCGACCAUAGCCUUAAACUUGCCCAGAGCUACAACGCUACUCCUGAGCUUGCUAAGAAGGCAGUUGAUACAGCAUUGGAAGCUUUCAAAAUGUGGAGCCAGGUCCCGUUCCGAGACCGUGCUGCCAUUUUCUACAAAGCUGCUCACUUGAUAUCAACAAAGUAUCGCCACGAUUUACGUGCAGCUACGAUGCUCGGCCAGUCCAAGAAUCCAUGGCAAGCGGAAAUUGAUUGUGUAGCGGAAUCCUGCGAUUUCCUACGCUGGGGGGUUCACUUUGCCUCGGAGCUCUACCACGAUCAGCCGCACUCUGUGAGUAACUCCGGUGUGUGGAACAGCACUGAGUACCGGCCUGUUGAAGGCUUUUGGUCCGCCAUCACUCCCUUCAACUUCACCGCCAUUGCAGCAAACCUUGCGGGUGCCCCGGCACUGAUGGGGAACGUGGUGGUGUGGAAACCGUCGCCGAGUGCGGUUCUAUCGAACUAUAUGGUUUUAAAGAUUCUUGAGGAGGCAGGGCUCCCACCAGGUGUCGUCAAUUUCGUCCCCUGUGAGCCCGAGGUGAUGGACCAGGUGGUCAACUCAGACCCGCGCCUGGCUGGUGUUGUCUUUACCGGUUCCACAAAGGUCUUCAGCGAGAUCAACAAAAAGGUGUAUAGCCGGCUUGAGAAUUACAGGAACUUUCCCCGUAUCUCUGGAGAGUCUGGCGGUAAGGACUUCCAUUUGAUUCAUCCCUCUGCAGAUGUUAAGUUGGCUGUCGCCAAUACCAUUCGAGCAGCCUUUGAAUAUCAAGGCCAGAAGUGCAGUGCCUGCUCUCGAGCGUACGUCCCGAAGAGUAUGUGGGGGGAGUUUAAGGAGUUGCUCCUCAAGGCCCAUAAACAAAUUAAGAUGGGUCAACCUGAUGAUUUCAGUUCAUUUAUGUGUGCUGUCAUCGAUAAACCAGCUUUUGAUAAGCACAAGAAGUACAUCGAUAUUGCCAAGCAGGAGUCAGACAACUAUACCAUCCUGGCGGGUGGUAACUGUAACAGUACGAAGGGCUAUUUUGUCGAGCCAACCAUUAUCGAAACUAAAGACCCAAAGUCUCAGCUCAUGCGUGAGGAAAUCUUUGGCCCCGUGGUCACUGUAUUUGUGUACAAUGACAGCACUCCAGGCUUCUGGAAGGAUGUGUGUGAGCUUGUCGAUACCACAACUGCAUAUGCCCUUACAGGCAGCGUUUUUGCGCAUGAUCGUGCUUCGAUCCGGGAAGCCUGCGAGUACCUUCGCUAUGCCGCUGGAAACUUUUACAUUAAUGACAAGUGUACUGGCGCUGUAGUCGGGCAACAACCGUUUGGUGGGGCCAGGCUUAGCGGCUCCAACGACAAGCCUGGUAGUGCGCAGUUCUUGCUGCGUUUUGUGUCUGCUCGGACAAUCAAGGAAAACUUCACUCUUGCGCCGGAUAUUUCGUAUCCACAUCAACUCCCGGAUGUAUAUAAGUUGUAG